AUGGAGGAGCGGGAGCGGGGGGCGAGGUCGGCUCGCGCCGGGAGCCCCGCGCGCCCGCCGAGCCCGCGGUUGGAUGUCAGCUCUGACAGCUUCGACCCUCUGCUGGCCCUGUACGCGCCCCGCCUGCCGCCCAUCCCCUACCCCAACGCGCCCUGCUUCAACAACCUGGCCGAGUACGAGAGCUUCCUCAGGACCGGGGUCCGGGGCGGCGGGCGCGGGCGGGCGCGGAGCGCGGCCGCGGGCUCGGGGGUCCCCGCCGCCGCUGCUGGGCCCUCGGCCAGAACCCGCCGCCGCCAGGACGCCCCCGCUCCAGACCCCGAGCGCAUCCAGCGCCUCCGUCGCCUCAUGGUGGCCAAGGAGGAAGGGGACGGGGCCGCUGGGGCGCGCCGGCGGGGUCCGGGUCGGAGCAGGAAGGCGCCGCGCAACGUGCUCACGCGAAUGCCCUUGCAUGAAGGCAGCCCUCUGGGUGAGCUCCAUCGUUGUAUCCGGGAGGGAGUGAAGGUGAAUGUUCACAUCCGCACUUUCAAGGGUCUUCGGGGCGUCUGUACAGGCUUCCUCGUCGCCUUUGACAAGUUCUGGAAUAUGGCACUUACUGACGUGGAUGAGACCUACCGAAAACCUGUUCUAGGCAAAGCAUAUGAGCGGGAUUCUUCAUUGACUCUAACUAGGCUGUUUGAUCGCCUAAAACUUCAAGAUUCUUCCAAAAAAGAAGGAGAUUCUAAGUCUGCAGUUGAAGACUCCACUCUGUCUAGAUAUUCCCAGACGUCUACUUGGAAGGUGGCUUCAGUGUGGGGAAGAGGAGAUACUGACCGGGGCUCACGCAGGCGUUCCCGCUCCGUUCCUUCUUCCCUGCAGGCAUCUGCAAGGGAGGAGUCCAGGUCAGAAAUGUCAGGGAGGACUACACGGACAGAAGGGUCAAGUGCGGGAGGUACCUUUUCCAGGGCCACCACCCUUUCCAGGGGCCAGCCCCGUAAGAAAAAGCGAAAGCCCAAAGUGGAUUACCAGCAGGUAUUCACUCGACACAUAAAUCAGAUUUUCAUUCGAGGCGAGAAUGUCCUGCUGGUUCAUCUUGCACAGUGACCAGCUCAACCUCAUGGGAGCUUUGGUUUUUAGAAAUAAAAUGCAUGAAUUGCUGCUAUGCUGUAUCCUAGUACCCUAGUGAAACUCUGAGUUGGAAUCAUUCCCUCUGGUCAUGCAUGUACAGAGCAUAGAGCCAGGCUCAGGCCCUCUGGAAGAGGAGCUCCCUCCAGGGCAGGGAGGGUAUUUGCAUUAAUAUCAAGUCAGAAGCCGUACGGAGGAAACAACCUGCAUCUUAUUUGCUGUCAUGGUCAACUUUAGACAUUCAAACCAAGUAUCAAAUCUUCAUUUGAAUUAGGGGUCUGGUAGGAAUUAAAUUCACCCCACAGAUACUAUAAGGAUGCAAGGGAAAAAACACCUCAAAAAAAGUUAUUUCAUUUCUAAAAGCUAGUGCCCUAAGUACUCAUGAAUUUGAUUCUAAGAGUAGCAGUAUAAAUUUCCCUGUAGUCUUGUAUCCACAACUUGUAACUGACCUUUGAAUUUUGCUUUACACCAUUCUCCCUUCAUCAAGAUAUGUAAUUUAUUAUCUUUGAAUAGCUAUAAAACUAAGAAAGCUACUAACUUAUGAAAGAGUAAAAUUUGGGUAGCUGGUAUGCUCAAAGCAGCCAACAAUGAAUAUUCUGUUUUUACCCCUCUCCUUAUUAUUUAAAGGGAUACGGGACUUCGGGGGUCUUCCCCACUUACCAGAGGUAGCUUCUGAGACUGGCAUGCCAGGUGGGACUAGAAGAUGCUCAUGAGGUGGCUUCUUGUCCUUUUCCUACACUUCUGUGGCAUGGUGCUAGUGCAUGUACCCAUGUAUUGCCCUUCUGUGUGUAGUGCGAACUGUUCCGUGAGCUUAUGGCAGGUGACUGUGACCUUCAUAUAUGGCUUCAAAGAGUUCUGCAUGAACUCAGUAGUACAUAUGCAUCACAUGGUUGAGAGUUCCCUUUCCAGUUAGGGCUGGACUGCAUAGAGUAACUUUCAGAAUGGUAUUUCCAUGAAACAGGAGUGCUAGUUUUAUUCCCUCGUGUCACGCCGAAGAGGUUCUUACAAAGUACAGUGGGUGGCAUCUAAGGGACACUUUACUCACAGCCUGGCUUGAGUAACAGGAACACUGUAGCACCCUCUGGUACUUCUACUUGAAUCAUAAUAUAUGCUUUUUCAAUCACUAGUACAGAACAGGCUACAUCUAGACACAGACUGUUAGGCAAUAAUUGAUUUUUCAUUUUGUUUGUAUUUGGUUUUAUUUUAGAAUAACAUGUUCAAAGUGAGAAUAAGAAAUAGAUAACUAGUUAAAAUGCUUGAAAAAAAAAAUUACCCUUCUGUGUUUUUUAUGUAACUUAGGUAAGCCUUCUGAGAAGCAGGGUGAAUAACGUCGAGGGAGUUAGGCCACCUGGUCCUUCUGCUAGCUGGGCCACUGGCUCAUCAUGCAAUGAAGGGAGAGUGACUUAACCCCUCCGUGCCUCGGUUUUUCCCCUCAGACACCUACCUCACAGGGGCACUGAGACAAAGAAUUUUAGGAAGACAUUUUAAAGUCUUUAAACAUAUUUAAGUGCCAUGAGUAACUUUUACUAACUAUAUUUCAUAGCUUGGUAAGAGUUCUAUGUCUUAUGAGCAGGGUAGGUGCUACAUACGAAAGUCAUCUCUGUAGGUGUCAUAAUUAUGAACUUGUCCUCAGAAGGCAGUGAUAUCUUCAGGAACUGUUUUCCAUAAUCCAUUCCUUUCUCCUAAAGGCAAAUGGAAGUUCUUAGAAGAAUAUCCUCAAUAAAAGAAGAGUAGUGUUUCUUUGCUGCUUCCCCCACAUCCCAGCCCCAACCCUUUUCUGAUCAUCGUCAGAAAGAAUUCCCCUGAACUUUCAAGGGAUUUAUACGGUAGUACCAAAGGGACAAUGCACAUCUAAAAAUGACACAUCCCCAAAGGGGAAUUGUGGAAGAUGUUUUGUUUUGUUUCGUUUACUUGCUUUUAUUUUAAAACGCACUGUAAAUGUUUGUCUUUAGAGCCAUAUCAGAAACAUUCGGAGAGGUUCCAUGUUACAAAGUCAAGCAGUUACCUUUGGAAUCCGCUCACCUAAAUUCUCUUCUAAGUGGUCUGUCUAGAAUCUCAGUUCCUCAGUUAAUAGUUAUCUUGUUGAAUCAUCAGGCACCCCUGCCUCUACCUCUUUACCAGUCUUUCCUGUUAGAUGUCUUCCUGCGUCUGCCGUUCUGUCCCUCGGCUAGAAGCUGCCGUAGACACCAGGUUUUCCCAAUAAAGCGUAAGUUUGGUAUCAGAAGGAACAUGUCCAUUUCCAUCCGUUUUAGUGCCUGACUAAACCCAAUGUGAUUUAUUUUAAACACAUGCUGCAUUUUCAUGUUUGUAUAUAAUGUUCAUAUGUCCAGAUAACAAUUGGUUUGCUACUUUUCUGUCUAAUCUAAUAAUUCUGGCUCUGAAAAUUAUUUUAAACUCAUGUGAUCAGUCUGAUGUGCCCAUAUGCCCCUCUUAGUGAUUCUAGGGUGAAAACUAUUUAAGUAGUACAUGUGGUGUUUUGUAU